UGGGAUCUUCGCGGACCAGGGCACGAACCCGUCUCCCCUGCAUCAGCAGGCGGACUCGCAACCACUGCGCCACCAGGGAAGCCCCCUCGAUUAUUGUUUAUGUAUGGAAAUUUCCUCCUGAGAAGGCAUGUGUUUCAAUUUAGAGGUAAUGUCCAUGAUACAAAAUAGUGAAAACUGAUUCAUUUGGGGAUGAAACUUGUAACUCUUACCCAAAUGGCGUCAUCCUCUAACCUACAGAGUUAAAUGCAAUAGAACAACAACUCUCCAAGUGCUUUUAAACUCUGCCUUCAUUUCACAGUCCAGCUCAUUCUCUUAUUUUGUUAAGAAGCAAUGUGGUAUGACUGGGAUAAGGAAGAAAAAGAAAAGCAUGUUGUCACUUAAGUGAGACUGCCUCAGAAAUGUUACCAAGUCAGAGUUGGGUGUUUCCUGUCCUUUGGAAGAGAACAGGCCUAAAAUAGUACCUUCCUCAUCCUAUAGCUACAAGGAAGGCACCAUGAUUGAGAUUACAGAUGCUUCCUUAACUGAUUUUUAAUCAAGUGUAAAUUUAAAUACUCAGCAAAAGGAUGGGAAUGAAAAAAUGCUGUAGUUUUACAGGAUCUAUUUCAUGUAAACUUUGUGUCUUGGAACAAAAUAUGAACUACCUAGAGAAUGAUAUUGGAAACUCAGUGGGAGAAACAGUUAUAGAAUCAAAGACCUAUAUUUAAAUUUUGAACCUAGUUAUUAGAUUUUGUGCACAUUAUUUAAUUUCUUUAAGCCUCCAUUUCUUAUGUAAAAUGAGGAAACUAUCUUGUAGAAUUAUUCUAAAGAUCAAAUAAAGGCUUUAAAGCUGUUAGCAGUGUCUGGCCUAGGGUAGAUGCUUAAUGAAUGGCAGCUAUAUCAAUAAUAAUAACUUAAUAUUAUUGAAUAAUUUACCAGGCCAAGAAAGAAAAGGACAUGGGGAGCACAGAGAGGGUGAUAGUAAAGUGAACUGAUUAUAAGUGUAUACAAAUAGAUUCCACCAGGCAGGGGCGUCAUGAGGAUCAGCGCGAUCAUGACCUUGUCAAGUGCACAAGCAAAACAAUGACAUGAAAACAAGUACACUAGGCCCUGAGUGGAGGAGAGAGUUGGAGGCAGACGCUGCAGGACAGAAAGCUGAGUGAAAAGGGGCCUUUGAUUCCACAGGCGCAGAAAUCCACAGCCAGGAAUUUGCUGCCACCUCUGAGUCAGGCAGGGGGCGUGGGUGCCGAAUUCCAUUAGUAGGGAAAUGCCCAGUGGAUUUAGCCCGAGAGUCACAUUUCUUAUUUGGACCAGUAUAGACAGAAACAAACCCAGCUCACUUGUUUCCCGGAACAGUUGAGUUAGGGGAUGGCUUUCACAGAGCAUUCACCGCUGACCCCUCGCCGCCGGGACCUCUGUAGCCGCUCUGUCUGGCUAGCAAGGAAGAUCCGUUCAGACCUGACUGCUCUUAUGGAAUCUUACGUGAAGCACCAAGGUCUGAACGAGAACGUAAACCUGGACUCUGUGCGUGGUGUGCCAGUGGCAAGCACUGAUCGGUGGAGCGAGCUUAGUGAGGCAGAGCGACUCCAAGAGAACCUCCAAGCUUACCGUACCUUCCAUGUUAUGUUGGCCAGAAUGUUAGAAGACCAACGGGUGCAUUUUACUCCAGCUGAAGAUGACUUCCAUCAAGCAAUACAUACCAUUCUUCUCCAAGUCGCUGCCUUUGCUUACCAGCUGGAAGAAUUAAUGGUGCUCCUGGAACACAAGAUCCCUUCCAGUGAGGCUGAUGGGAUGCCCCUUAUUGUUGGAGAUGGUGGUCUCUUUGAGAAGAAGCUGUGGGGCCUAAAGGUGCUGCAAGAGCUUUCACAGUGGACAGUGAGGUCCGUCCAUGACCUUCGAGUCCUUUCAUCUUGUCAAACUGGGAUCCCAGGACGUGGGGGCCAUUAUACUGCUAAGGACAAGAAAAUGUAGCGUUACCCCUCUCUCUCUCUCUUACUUGCUUUCUCCUCUAGUGGAAUAUAUAUAGUUUUCUGAGGCCUCACUUUCCCAUUCUUAGUUUUGAAAACCUUUAAAACCACAGGCAUUUUCAUCAGCUAGGGUUGGAGACAUGGACAAAAGGGCCUACAGGUUUAGUCUGGGGGGGGAGGGAUGUGUGAGUGUGUGUGUGUGUGUGUGUUGGGGCCAUAAGGGAGUGGGGGCAGGGACAACAUCCUUCCACCUCAGUGCUGUGAUCUUUCCUACCCACUAAAUAACCUUUACAGGCAUUUAACAGCCUCCCAUAUACUUUUAACUUUAGUCCCGGAUGACUCUUCUGAGAAGACUGAAAUAGUGAAUUAAAAAUCAUGGACUCUAGUCAAUUCACACUCUUGGAUAAUAAAAACAGUAACUAACAUUUAUUGAGUAUCUACUAUAUUGAAGCAAUAUGUCAGGAGUUUUAUGUAUAUCAUAAUUUUCACAACCCUGCUGAGGGAGGUGGUGUUAUUUCCAUUUGGCAGAUGAGAAAACAGGCUCACAGAAAUUUAUAACUCGUUCAAGGUUACCCAUCUAGCAAAUGGCACCCUGAGUUUGAACCCAGAUCUUUCUCAUUCCAAAGCCUAGUGCCCUUCACUUUAAGGGCCUGAUUAUGAACCUCUAUCACUGCACCUCUUUGCUGCAGAGAGUUGGAAAAUGUAUCCAUGUAAUCUAUCCCCAGCACUGAAAAAGCAACCCCCAACUGUGUCCUAAUAGUGUUAAAGGCAGUAUUUGUUGCCCAUAUUUGGCAAAGAAGAGAGCAGUGGAGAUCUUAAGAUUAGUCCACCAGACUUUUGAACUUUGGAAGCUGGGAGUGUGCAGUCAUACAGCUUGCUUUCAAGUAUCCACUAAUGUUCUUGAGUUUGGGGUUGGGGACAGCUUACCAGGUUACCUCACAUUUAUCGUAAUCAGCAGUGCAGUGAUACAGGCACUGUAACCCGGGCAUUCAUGGGCAAUGGGUAGAAUACUGCUCAGGUUAAAAAGUCACAGAACUCCUUCACCAGACAGAGUCUCUGGACUUAGUCAUGAGCAGAGGAUGAGGCCCACUCUGUUCCCUGUGGGAAUGCCAGUGAUUCUGAAACAAUACAGAGCAAAGCCUCCAUGCUUCAGAACAAAGGGCACAGUUCUGCAUUUAACGUUCUUGAGAGAAACAGUAUGAAAAGCACCAACUAGUAAAUGUGGGCAUUAAUGUAAAAGGUCAUUUACAGUCAGGCCUAUGAACUCGUGGUGCAAAUGGGAAUCCAGAAGUUCUCAGGUGUAUCAUUUAUUUCACGCUACCAAUCAAUUCAAACUCAAGGUCUUGGGUGGGGGCCCAAAUCAAUUUGGUUCACGUAUUUGAGGCUUCUAUAUUCUUAAAAGGACCAUGAGGCAGAGGGGGCUAGCUGCCAUAGCUUGUGUCCUUUCCUGCAUGGGUUUAUGUCCAAAACUCCAUGAAGUCAAUAUUCUGAGAGGGCUCUGGGUGAGGCAAGGUGGCAAUACAGGGGAGGUCCGGCCCUGCUCCCCAGGAUGCAUCUGUGGAAAUGGUAGGCAUACAGGAGAUCAAUACUAUUGGUAGACCUGAAUCGUAGGAUGGGUUUAAGCGGUAUGGAGUUGAAGGAGAUCAGUGAGGGCCAGAAAUCGCUUCCUGGAGGAGGGAGGAGUUCAGUUGUGUCUCAGAGGUUGGCUGAGUACCAAACAAAGAGAAAAGUCAUGAGGGGAGAAAUAGAGAAGAGUUGCCCGGUUAGAAGAAAAUGAGGCAAUAAUAAACAUUUGGGUCCACUACCACUAGAAGUUUAUCGUUUUGUUUUGUUUGUAAUUUUGGUAAUGGUAAAAAUUUUGCAGUGAAUGCAUAGAGGCUUAUUUCAUUCGAGCUUUUCCUUGUUUGAGUUGUUACUUGUGCUUAAGAGCAGUAUUUUGAUUGGUAAAAUACUUGCUUAUUAAUGUGAAGCGCUUAGAUUUAUCUGUAUAGUACUUUUAGGCUUUUUUAUUUAAUGAAGAAAGGCGCGACUCAAAUUUCUUUUUUUUUUAAUAAAUUUAUUAUAUUUAUUUUAUUUUUUGGCUGUGUUGUGUCUUCGUUGCG